GGACAAACUUGGGCGACCAACGAAGGACAGCAGCGCUCAUCAGCGUCGUUCCCUUCAGACGGCAAAAAAACAUGCUACUAGCUGCUGCUACCCAAGCUAGCGCAGCAAUUUCCCUCCCUCUUCCUCCCUCCUCCUCCCCUGCUCUAGCCCGAGGACAUAAAAAAUAUACUACUGAGAAAAAGAAUCCCACUAUCUCAUGACAUAUGGAGGAGAGAGAAGGGGCAGCAAUCCCACUACGGUCAUCCACAAGACAUUCCUUCCUCUCCCUCUCUUCCGUGUGCUCGAGACGACAUCUAGCAGCUGCUCCUCCCCGUCCUUCCCUCGCCCCUCCUUCUCUCCUCCUGUUCAUAGCGCGGCCGGCGAGGAUUUCCGUCGGCGAGCACGAGAAGCAAUUGGGAUCGAUCCUUGGAUGGAUGCAGCCCAGUGGCACCAGGGGCUAGGGCUCGUGAAGCCCAUGGAGGAGAUGAUCAUGGCUGGAAACCCAAAUCCUAAUCCUAAUGGGAACCCGAGCCCACAGCCGGCGCCGCCGUCUGGCGCCGAAGCCCAGAGGGCUCCCCUCCCUGGCCAGCCGGCAGCAGGAGCGGGCGCGGCGGCCGGGACGGGCUCCACCGAGCGGAAGGCGGCGCGGCCGCAGAAGGAGAAGGCAAUCAACUGCCCGAGGUGCAACUCUACCAACACCAAGUUCUGCUACUACAACAACUACAGCCUCCAGCAGCCGCGCUACUUCUGCAAGACGUGCCGCCGCUACUGGACCGAGGGCGGCUCGCUCCGCAACGUGCCCGUCGGCGGCGGCUCACGGAAGAACAAGAGAUCGUCGUCCUCGGUGGUGUCGUCCGCGGCGGGCGCCGUCUCUACAUCCGGGGCGGCGUCUGGGACGGUCCCCGUCGGCGGGAUGCCGGCCAAGAACCCGAAGCUGAUGCACGAGGGCGCGCACGACCUCAACCUGGCGUUCCCGCACCACCACGGCCGCGUCUUGCACCCGUCCGAGUUCGCGGCGUUCCCUAGCCUGGAGAGCAGCAGCGUCUGCAACCCGGGAGGCGCCAUGGCGGCCAAUGGCGUGGGCGGUGGGAGGGGCAUGGGCACGUUUUCAGCGAUGGAGCUGCUGAGGAGCACCGGCUGCUACGUACCGCUGCCGCAGGUGCAGCUCGGGAUGCCGCCGGAGUACGCAGCCGCGGGGUUUGCGCUUGGCGAGUUCCGCAUGCCCCUGCAGCAUCAGCAGCAACAUCACCAGCAGCAGCAGCAGCAGCAGCAACAACAUCACCAGCAUCAGCAUCAGCAACACCAGCAGCAGCAGCAGCAGCAGCAGGUUCAGAACAUGCUCGGGUUCUCGCUGGACACGGGAGGAGGUGGCGACGGCGGGGGAUACGGCGGCGGGUUGCAGGGGGCGCAGGAGAGCGCAACGGGAAGGAUGCUGUUCCCCUUUGAGGACUUGAAGCCGGGGGCUAACGCAGCUGGAGGUGGUGGUGCAAGUGGCGGUGAUCAGUUUGAGCACAGCAAAGAGCAAGGCGGCGGCGGUGGCCAUGAGACCCUGGGGUUCUGGAAUAACAGCAUGAUCGGGAACGGCAGCAGCAAUGACGCCGGCGGUGGCGGUGGCGGCGGCUCGUGGUAGGAUGGCGACAGCAUGCAUGGCUCAUGCACACGCGGUUGUCAGCAUGUGGAGAUGAUAGGGAUAGAGACAAGCGGGUUAAUAAGCGGUGGUGGUGAUUAGUGUUACAUAUGGCGUUUGAUCCUUCUUUUGAUUGCGUUUGGUUUUUCUACUGUUCUUGGCCUUCCUUCCUUAAUUUCUUGGUGUUUGUUCAUGUGUGUGGUGACGAUCAACUUGGGGGUCUAACACAGCUGAGUACACAGAUUAAGUAAGGUGUGUUGAACUAGUGAUUA